CGUUAGUUUUGCUUUUUCCAGAAUAGAUAAUGAAGCGAAGCAAAUGGGUCUGGUGGAGAAUGAGGGAAGACAAUAUAUUCCCUGUUGAAUAUUUGGAUGCCCAAUUUAGUGGGAAGCAUCCACCACUUUACUUUCAGUUCAAUAAGCACCCAGUAUUUCGGCAAAGGAAAACACAUAAAUUUAAAAGAUAUUAAACACUUUAGGGUUCACUUUAUUGAAAUCAGGUAUGUAAAUAUGAUUGCGCAUGUUAACGGCGACCAUAUCACGCAGGACCGCUGAUAUUCGAAUUAUAUCCGUAGCGCACAGGACUGGCAGGGAGCAGGAACCGUAUGGUGACGUUGUUAGCGAAAAUUGCGACGCGCGGGAUGGGUGUCGGAAAACGAAUAUGUAUGCUGUAAUUUUGUCCAUCCCGUUUGUUAAUGAGGUUGGUGUAUAGGUGUGGUUAGUUGUGUUGAUGUAUGAGUAUGGUGUCAUCGAAUGUGGUGUACUGCGCAGUGUUUCCUUAGGGUGCGCCAGUUUUUCCCAGGUUGAGUGAGGGGGGAGGCUUAGGCGGGUAUUGUCACUUGCGAAGCGAAUUUAUUUGGCGAAGCGAACGCUUUGGCGAACAUACCCCAAAUUUGCAUUGUGAAUGGCGAAUUAACGUAUUCGCUAAAAUAUGUCGUUGCCAUUCAUGAAAAAAGUAGCGCGUUCUACCGAAUUUGACAUUUGUGUCAUUUAUACUUAAAAAUAUGUAUUAUUAUAUCAACUGAAAUUCGAAAAUAUGUUUAAUAACGCGGAUCUGUAUUUUGAGGAUAAUUACGAUGUGGAAACGCGAACUAAUCUUCGACAGCGCCGUUUUAUUAGAGAUAAUUCUAAUCCUACAGAGCUACCUAACACGGUAUUCGUUGCGAAUUCCCGCUUAAACAAGGACGCAUUUAUGUAUGUGCUGGAUAAAAUCAAAGACAAAUUUCAUUGUCGGAUGUCUUCCAUAACGCCGAUGUUAUAAUUGUGUGCCGCGCUCAGAUUUUUUGGACAUGGCAGUUACCAACAAGCUAUAGGGAAUGAAUUUCAGUUGGGACUUGCUCAGCCAACAGUUUCCCUUAUUUUAAAAGAGAUCAUACCCAUUUUGGAAAAUAAAAUUUGUCGUACCCAUAUAAGCGUAGAUAUGAGUGAAGAAGAAAAGCAGCAGGAAAGGAGCAAAUUUUAUUCAUGAUCGGGAAUACCAAAUGUAAUAGGCUGCAUCGAUGGAAUCCAUAUUGCGAUUUAUGUUCCUACCACAAACAAACACCUCUAUCUAAACAGAAAAGGAUCAUAAAUGCAAUGAUUGCUUGUGAUCAUGAUAUGAAUAUCCGUUUUGUGGAUGCUAGAUAUGCUGGUUCUACACACGAUUCGUUCGUAUGGAACAAUAGUUCUCUAAAGGCAUGUUUAGAGGCAGCGCAUCAAAACGGAGAUCAGAACUCUAUUUAUUUAGGUGACUCCGGAUACCCACUAAGCCCUUAUUUAUUAACACCUUUCCGUCAUGCAGAAUCUGGAACUAGGGAGUCAAUUUUUAAUAAGAACCACGCGAAAGCGAAAAAUGUUGUUGAACGUACGAUUGGAGUUUUGAAAUGCCGUUUCAGAUGUCUUCUGAGUGAUAGGAAAAUGCGCUACGAUCCUGCUAAAGUAACAUCCGUUAUUAAUGUAUGCUGCGCCUUGCACAGCAUUUGUAAAAAAAUUAGAAUCGGUGAUCCGGAGAUCGCCGCAGAAGACAAAUUGCUGAUGAUUUGAUGUAAAUGAAACUAUACCGACUUCAGUGAAUAAUAUAUUGUAUUCUUUUAUUUUAUUCAAUACUUUGAAAUUCAAUAUUACAUAGAUAACAAAUAUAUAAAAAUUAC